AUGAGCAAGUUUCGUUUUGAUGACAACAUUGAACCCUUGACUUUGUACUUGCCUCAUUAUCGUGAGGAUGAUGGUGGUGAGCAUGGAUCCCUGAGAAAGAAGUCUUUUCUGAAGCGUCCAAUGGUUAAUGCCGAUUUAGGAUGCAUCAUCAUGCCCUAUCAUCUGCCUCCUAAUUUUCCUAUGGCUCAUCACCACUUUGUGUAUCCACCACCAAUGGAAAAUGGUGACAUGCAUUGGGAUGCAUCAAAUGGAAGCACUUCUCAAUGUGUAGUGGAUAGUGAUGUUGAGUUUCCUGCGGAGGGGGUUAAGGAGUGA